AAAAGUGCACAUAACGCGCCAGUGUCCCUGCCUUUCAGAGAGUAGCAUGGCUUAGUAAACUAAAACAGGAGGGGUUUUUUUGGGUUACAAAAAUAUGAAAACAGGUAAAGCGAUUUAAUAUGCAUGAGCCCCCCGUUUUGAUUUAAUCAUAUCUGGACUAAACGAUAGCCGAUGGUCAUUUGCAGGAUUUGAACGUUUGCUAGCAUGAUACAUCUAGAUGUUUAUGGAACUGUUUUGUUUUUAGCAAUAACUUCAAGCUAACAAACACAUCGGCUCACAAAAAAAGAGAGAGUAAUUAAAGGUGACAAGUAGUUCAGUAGAUUUCCCGGUAGUCUUAGUUUAAAAAAAGACGGAAUGCCAGUGCACUCGAGAGAAAAGAAGGAGAGCAACCAUGAAGAGAUGGAGGUGGAUUUCGCAGAGCAAGAAGGGAGCAGCUCAGAAGACGAGGAUACAGAGAGCUCUUCUGUCUCUGAAGAUGGAGAAAGUUCAGAAAUGGACGAUGAGGAUUGUGAAAGGAGAAGGAUGGAAUGCUUAGACGAAAUGACUAACCUAGAAAAACAGUUCACUGACCUCAAAGACCAGUUAUAUAAAGAGAGACUGAGUCAAGUUGAUGCCAAACUUCAGGAAGUGAUGUCGGGAAAGGCACAAGAGUACCUGGAACCCCUUGCAAAUCUUCAGGAGAACAUGCAGAUUAGAACUAAAGUUGCAGGUAUCUACAGAGAAUUGUGCUUGGAAUCGGUGAAGAAUAAAUAUGACUGUGAGACCCAAGCAGCGUUCCAGCACUGGGAGAGUGAAAAACUGUUAUUAUUUGAUACGGUUCAAAGUGAACUAGAGGAGAAGAUCAGACGCUUGGAGGAAGACCGUCACAGCAUAGAUAUUACCUCGGAGCUCUGGAACGAUGAGUUACAAUCAAGAAAAAAUAAGAAGAAAGAUCCCUUCAGUCCAGAGAAAAAGAAAAAGCCUGUUGUUGUGUCAGGUCCAUAUAUAGUUUACAUGCUGCAAGACCUGGAUAUACUGGAAGACUGGACUGCUAUCAGAAAGGCCAUGGCAACAUUAGGACCUCACAGAGUAAAGACUGAUGUUUCUGCAAAGAGUGACAAACACCAGCACAAUGCCCGCUCAGAAGACGGACGCUUGUUUUACGACGGGGAAUGGUACAGCCGUGGACAAGCCAUAUGUAUCGACAAGAAAGACGAGUAUCCUACGAGCGCUGUAAUAACUACAAUCAAUCACGAUGAAGUCUGGUUUAAGCGAGUCGAUGGGAGCAAGUCAAAACUCUACAUUUCACAGCUUCAGAAAGGCAAAUACACCAUCAAAUAUGCCUGAUCUACCUGAGAUCUGAUCAGAUGUCGGGAUGCCAGUCUGACAUGUUUAAACAGUGCCAUUUUAUGUACAGUAUAUCAUGAUAUAAACACCUUUUUGAUGUUUAAAAACAGAUAUGUUGGUGUAUUGUCUGUCAUUUGAAAUGUAAGGAAAGUUUAUUUUAUUGUAUAUUCAGUGCAAUGCAAUUAGUAAGAUUAGACAAAAAUGUAGUGUAAUUACUACCAUGAAAUGUGGGACUUUUGUAUUUUUAUGACUGGCUUCAUUACUCAUUUUAGUUCAACUCAGUGGUAUUUGAACCCAAUUCUAAUGUGUAGUUCAUUUGUGAUGCCAUGUCUGGCUCCCAAAUGGUUUUCUACUUUUUUUGUUUACAUAUCUGCCUCAUCACUGUCUUCAGAUACAAAUGAUAUGCCACAAUUUGCAUUUUGCUUGUGAGGCAUCUUAUAUGAAAUAAAGAUAUUUGACAUUUUUA